GAACCUCCAAUGUUUAUUUUGAUUUUUGUUUUGCCGCGAAAAUGAUCUUGGUUGGUGGAAAUGACACUUCGUUUCAACGUCCUGCGCCAGUAUUUGUUCCAGAACACAGAACUCUAUCCACUAAGAAGUCUAGAGGUACACCAAAAUUUGCCCCACCCCCAAAAGCUCCAGUGAAGAGUUGUCCAGUCACAAGAAUAUUUCCGCGCAUCAGCGACUACGACCGACCCCAGCCAGUGUCUUUCAGGGAUGAUUCCGACACAUCUUUUAUCGUACAGAGUCCACUGUAUAGUGCAGAAAAAACAGCACUUUACUUUGAACAGUGUUAUGCCAUUGAAGAGAAACUUGGCGUAGGUUCCUUUGGUGAAGUAUACCGAGUCCGAAGUAAAGAGGAUGGGAGACAGUAUGCAUGCAAACGAACCCUGUUAAGAUUUCGAGGGGAAGGUGACAGGCGGAGGAGAAUGGAGGAAGUCCAGAAACACGAGAAACUCCCAAAGCACAAAAACUGUGUCGAGUUCUAUCGGGCUUGGGAAGAAAGGCAACACCUGUAUCUUUUGACAGAAGUGUGCCGCACAUCACUAGCAGACAUGGCUGAAGACAGACAUGAUCUUCCAGAGAGUGUUGUUUGGGAUUAUCUAGUCGAUUUGUUACAGGGUGUAAGCCACUUACACAAACAUCAUUUGGUGCACAUGGACAUCAAACCAGAAAACAUAUUUAUUGGCUACGAUGGGCUAUGCAAGCUUGGCGACUUUGGUCUAGUCAUUGAAACGUCUCAGAAUUUGUCAUUUCACACAUUUAUUUAUAAGUUCACUUUUAUCUUUGCCAUCAUACCUUCAGGAAUAUUUUGGUCCUGUGAAGGAAGCUAUGGACCCAAAUUACCUGCCCCAGAGGUUAUGAAUCUCCAGUUCGGUGCGUCGGCUGAUAUUUUCAGCCUGGGGAUGACCGUGCUUGAAUUGGCCACUGACCUGGACCUUCCCAAGCAGGGAGAUAUGUGGCAGUCGCUCAGGGCAGGGCAAGUUGCCUCCUGUGCGUAUUCUCUUUCCAGUGAUUUGCAGGCAGUGUUAACAGGGCUUCUGCGACCAGAUCCAUCAGAGAGACUCACAGCUGAUCAAGCCCUCAGUCUUCCCGUCAUAAGACGCAUUUUACUUCGCAAGAGAGUGAAAGACAUCUUCAGGAUAUCUCUCAUGAAGGCCAAAGGAUUCCUGUUGCGAAUAUGGCUUUACGUGAUGUCAUUCUUUGCCUUUGUUGCCCUCCCAAUCACCAGACUGCGCAAGAGGAGGAGGUCUUCGGGAGACUCGCCCAAUAAGUCUAGGAUGAAUAAUUCUGACUCUGACUUCACCAUGGGAUUUUCAGAUGAGGAAGGUUUGGAUGACCACAGCCUAGCACAGCCCCUGAGCGAUAUUUCCACAUCAAGCAGUGAGACCAACCAGUUCCUCAGCAACAAGGGUUUUGGCAAUUCCACACCUAUAAUUUCACACUUCAAGAAGCGACCUGACUUCUUUGAGGGUUCACCCAGUAUAAGGAACAGCUGCAAUGCAAGCCCAAGAAUAGACGAUAGUCCAACCUUCAUCCGCCGCCGUAUCACCCUGCCCAGGACAGGAAGACCUUUCACCCAGCGAUUGAAUGAGAGCACAAGCUUCAACUCCUCCAUGGCUAACACCCCAAGUCCACACAGAAAUGUCGUUGAGCAAGAGGAGCCUGCUCAGCCUCUCAACCUUACCUCGAGAAAUUUGAUAGACUUGUUUAAUGCUGCAGAAUCAGAUGAAGAAUAGAAAAGAAUUUUUGUGUGUGCUGUGCCUUUGGUUUGAGGUUGAUUCAGGUGCAUUUCUUGGAAUUCUAUGAAAAGAUGAUGUAAAACUUUGUUGUAAGAAGAAAAAGGUGCACAAGGAUUGCUCUGAAGGAACUAAUUGCAUUUAGAAUAUUAACAUGAAGUUUACAUUCCACCUGAUUAUUUUACUGUGAACAGAAUCCAGUUACUAACUAGAAGAAAGGAACUUCUGUGUAGAUUAUGUCAUGGUUUAAGUAGACAUGGAAAUUUGCUGCUUAAAGAGAAAUUUUGUAUAAAUAUGCAGAUGAAGAAUUUCAUGCAGCUGUGUAAGGAGUGUGCUUGUGUAUAUUUGUAUUCCUUGAGAAUGUUUGGGAGUAUGUGUUGGGUGUUUAUAUAUGCCACUUGUCUAAUCCAAGAUUUUUGUGAUUUAUUUUGUGUUCAUGAAGGUCAGAACAUUGUAUGAGUAAUGUGGUGCUUCUCUCCCUAUUUUGCAUGAAUAUCUUUUGUACUUUCUUUUUCCCACUCAUGAAUGAGAAGAAAAGUUUUAUCAGAUAUGCUGCAGGCUUUGAUGAUGGGAGAUGAGUAAAUGUGUCACUUAUAUAACCAUAUGUGGAUUUAUGUUUAGGAAUCACUAGUUAUUGUUCAUACCUUCAUUUUGAUUUUCAUAUCUAUUCAGUGAUAUUUUGGGAAAAUACAUCUCGAGUUCAUGGCAUUUAUUAGUAUUUAGUGAUGUCCCAGUGCACAUCAGGGGUAUAAGAUAUUACUCAUAAUGUUUGGCUCUGCAGAUCGUUAAUUGCAAAUCCAUAUAUAUUUUCUUGAGAGUGAUAUCUCAGCCUAGAUUACAAAUUUUG